GAAACAACCGCUCGGGCACACUUAAAAAUUCAAUUAAAUUCGGUUAAAAAACGCCUUGAAAAUUUAGAUAUUGAACCUUUAAUAAAUGCUCGUAAAUUUCUCAAAAAAGCUUUACAAGAGGCCGAAACUGAAUUAGAAAUUGCCGGUGCUAUUAAGGCUUUUGAAUUAAGAUACAUUGAUGUUUUUAGUCCCAAAGAAACUUUUCGAGUUGCGGAACUAGAAGGUUUGAUACCUAAUGCUGAAAUCGUCUAUGAUAUUCUAAGCAAACACCCUUAUCAAUUUUAUGCUUAUGGCUCAAGAGUCAAAGGAACAACCCACCGAACUUCUGAUCUUGAUCUUUGUUAUCAAGAAGAUAUUCCCGAUUCUUUAGUUUUCGAAAUUAAAGACGAAUUCACCGAAUCCAAUCUACCUUUUAUCGUGGAACUAGUCAACUGA